CGGGCCGAGGUCUCGCCAUCGCCAGAUCACGAGCACAGCACUCACCUGCACAGUUCGUAGCAUAGGAGGUGGUAGAGCUCAGCUGCAAGCUAGGAUGGGUUCCAAGGCCGAGCUGGUGGUGGAGGUGAAGUCCCCGGCGGAGAAGCUGUGGGCGGCGCUGCGCGACUCGACGGAGCUGUUCCCCAAGAUCUUCCCCCAGCAGUACAAGAGCAUCGAGACCGUCGAGGGCGACGGCAAGUCCGCCGGCACCGUCCGCCUCCUCAAGUACGCCGAGGGGGUGCCGAUGCUGACGUUCGCCAAGGAGAAGGUGGAGCUUGUCGACGACGAGAACAGGGUGGUGUCGUACAGCGUGGUGGACGGCGAGCUGGUCAACUUCUACAAGAACUUCAAGAUCACGCUCAAGGUGUCCCCGGCCAAGGAGGGCGAGGCCGGCGCCGUCGUCAACUGGUCCAUGGAGUUCGACAAGGCCAGCGAGCAGGUGCCCGACCCGGACGUCAUCAAGGAGACCGCCACCAAGACGUUCCACGACCUCGACGACUACCUACUCAAGAACCAGGCGGAAAUCGUUCCGUCCGCCGAGGCGGAAAUCGCAGUCGUUUAGCACGCGCUAGUGCAUGUCGUCGUUGGUGGUGGCGGUGGUGUCCGAGUCCGUGUUGGUUUGGUAGUUAUGGGUGGUCGUGUCCUUGUUUCCGCGGUUGAUGUCGCUGCAGCCUGCGGCGAUUCAGCGAUCGUGUGCGUCUGCAGGUUGCAGUCUGGUCCCAGUCAAUAAAGUUCUUCGCGUCACUGCAUCAA